AUGUCCCCACUAGUGAUGAAGAUGACAGGUGUACCUGGCUGCCUCCUCUCUCUCCACCUUCUGCUCUUCCUCCAGCUGCCUUCCAGCCAUGCAGAUCCCUUCUACUGGAUCAACCCAGGGAUGCUGGUUCUCAUCGCUGUACUGCCCGUGCUUCUCCUGCAGGUCACCGUGGGCCUCGUCUACCUCUGCCUACAGCGCAGACUCAGAGGAAAGCUUCGAGCAGAAAUAGAGAAUCUCCACCGGACCUUCGAUCCGCACUUUCUGAGGGUGCCCUGCUGGAAGGUAACCCUGUUUGUCCUCGUGCCAGUGCUUGGACCCCUGGUUGCCCUGAUCAUUUGCUACAACUGGCUACACCGAAGACUAGCAGGACAAUUUCUGGAAGAGCUACGAAACCCCUUCUGAGUGACAUCCCAUCUUGCCAGGGAUCGCAGAGAGCCUGGUUGGUCCAGGGAUGGACCUUGAGAUGUCUCAUCCAUCAAGCUGCACAUUCACAGGCCUGUUCACUAUGGGAGCAUCCCAAUCAACAUUUCCAGAAACAGGAACUCCAAAUAGAACAGAUUUUCCCUUCAUUUGUCAUCUUUUUCCACCCUCUCACCCUCGCCCACUUCUUUUUUCCACCCAUAUCCUCCUGCUCCACUCUGCACUCUUCUACCUGGAAGCUCUCUGGCCAAAUCCAAAAGGUGCUCUGCCCACUUCAGAGCACACCUGUGCUGGAGUAA